AUGAGCUUCUCUGCUGGUGACUCUGCUAAGGGUGCUAACCUCUUCAAGACGCGCUGCGCUCAAUGCCACACUCUUGAGGAAGGCGGUGCCAACAAGAUUGGUCCCAAUUUGCACGGACUUUUCGGCCGCAAGAGUGGUCAGGUCGAGGGCUUCUCCUAUACAGAUGCCAACAAGUCGAAGGGCGUAGUUUGGAAUGAGGAGACUCUGUUCGCUUACCUCGAGAACCCUAAGAAGUACAUUCCCGGCACCAAGAUGGCCUUUGGCGGUCUCAAGAAAGCCAAGGACCGCAACGAUCUGAUCACCUACCUUAAAGAAGAAACCAAAUAA